GCCACCAAGCCACCAAAACAACACGCGCGGGCGCAGUAACAAGUCCGCCACGGAUACAGCACGAGCACGUCUCUCGUCUCCCCUCUCUUCGCCGUCCGGGUCGGCCGUUGCGAAGCGAGACAAGCCACCGGCCCCCGCCCCGUCACCGCACGCCUAGGGUUCCGAUGGAGCCCGCUUCCCCCUCGGCCGCGUCUCCUCCGGCGGAGGAGGAGGCGGCGGCGGUGGCGAGGCGGAGGUUGCCGGAGGAGCUGAAGCUGCGGCGGAGGACGCUGGAGACGGUGCUGGAGCAGUGCCAGCGCGCGCUCGAGAUGAUACGCGAGGUCGAUCUGGAGGAGAUUGAGGAGGGGGCGAAUUCUAAGGAGGGACUGCAGGAGGACGGGGGCGGCGAGGCGGACGGCAACGGCGGCGGUGACGAAGGUGCGCCGCCGCCGCCGCCCUCGGACGCCGACUACGAGACGGACGAGCUGUGCGAUCUUCUCCAAUCAAGGGUUCAAUCACCUGAAUUUCUCGAGAAGCUAGAUAGCAUUCAGAAGUCAGUGUAUCAACAUGGUGCAGUAGAUGAAACGGUAUCAUGGGAUAUUGUAAGUGCGGCAGAUAUAUGGGAUGAUAAGAGUAUGAACGUUAGUGAUGAUUCAGAGGAUGGAUAUGUUCUUGUUAAGCAAGAGGACAUAGUUGAUGGCAUUGCAUGCUUCAUGGCUGCAUACUUGCUGUCACUGAAGCAAACUAAGGACUUGACGCCUGAUCAACUUCAACAAGCUCUUAGCAAGACAUUUUCAGCUAAAAAGAGGAAAGGCAAGCUUCAGAAGGCAUGGGAUGGAACAAAAGUUAUUUACAACGUAGCAUCAUGGAGUGCGACAGCUGUUGGUAUCUACCAGAAUCCAGCGAUUGUACAAGCAGCAACAACAGCCUUUUGGACAUCCUGCCGUGUAAUAUCCAAAUUUCUGUGAAUGAUCCAUAUGGCUGGACGGUGCAAACCUGCAAACACUGUCCGUGGCAAUGCUAAAGCCUUCUGUUUCAAAAAAAAUCUACGGGAAACAUUGUUCCAACCUUUGUGGUACACUUAAAUUCAUGUAAAUAUUCCUGACCUGCAUGUUCGUUGAUUGCUUAUAAUAGUGAGAUCGUAUGUCAUAAGAUAUCUGCUCGAAGCUUCAAACCGCAUCAGGGAUGACAUGUGGGGCUAGUCUGUGGCACGUCACGUGAUCUAAUGGUCAAACACACCUCCCUGUGUUUGCGAGUACCAUUUUGUAUCAAAACCCCAACCAUUACUGUACAUGAUGCCCAUGGGUUGCAUAUCAGCCAUCCUACUCAAAAUGGGUGUACCAGUGUAAAUAUCUCAAUUCGUUUGAAUAAAUUCAUUUGUGCCUGUUUCGCCUCA